AUGGAUAUGUUCUCGGCCCAGCGCCUUAAAGGCGCUAUUGACAGUCGCAUCGCCGAAGAACAGGCUCGACAACGACAAGCCCAACUCGGUGCCCAACAGACCACGCGUACUCCUCCCCGGAGACGUCCUCAGGGUCAAAAUGGCGCUGUCCCAAGACGACCUUCACGUCAACGGGAGCAAAUAGACGAUACUGCCGCGGCUGGCAAAAGCCCUGAUCCCUCCGAGUUCGAGCCCGAGUUUGCAAUCGGUGAUGACGACAGCGCUGUGCCCAGCAGGGUAGCUACACCUAUGCCUGAGAUCAAGGAGAAGGAUCAGAACGCCGAGACAGUGAAAGAGACCGAGAACGAGAAGCCGGCCACGUCGACCACUACCGAAGAGCCAACUGAGGCACGCACUUCUCAGGAUGUUUCCAUUGAGAAGAAACCCUCUGAAUCCUCCACGAGUCAAGCCGCCCCACCACGCCCUCAAGAACUUCCUACAGAUGUCCGCGUCAGACUCCGCAAGUUGGAACGAAUGGAGACGAGAUACGGCGAAUUGCUCAAGGCCUACCGCUCCGCCCAUGCUCGUAUUCAGGCUGUUGACGCUUUCGAAUCUGCCCUGCGGGAGAAUACACCUUUGACCAGUGUUAAUGAUGCCGAUGCCUUCGUGGAAUACUUGUCUCAGGUCAACUUGAAAGGGGACAUGGUCCGGGAUGAGUUAAAAAGAGUCACCACAGAUAGGGACGACGUUAAAAAGAGGCUGCAGGCUUCUGAAGAAGAUGCUGCCAAAUUGAGAGACGAGAUCACUACCUUGAAAGACAAGCCAGUCCCCGUCAUUUCCACUGAGCCCUCCUUGGAGGUUGAAAAGCCUGUUUCAAUCUCGGACUCGAUCACAGUGGCACCUACUGACAUCGACUCUACUAAGGACAACACCGAUGCGGAAUCGAUGGCAAAAUCUCCCGCGUCAACGUCCUCCCGAAUUGCCAGCUUCUCACUCUUCUCCCCCCGUCAAAAACCUACAUCACCAACACCCAAAGAGACUUCGGAGGAUCUGUUCUCCUUUGAUUCUGAGCAUGCCAGAUUGGAGUCGGAGCUCCAAGAACGGCAGUCUGAAGUGGAGGCAUUGAAGCACCAAGUCAACAACCUGAAGGGCGACUUGAAGGUUGCACGUGAAUCCACUGAAAGCAUGGUACAGAGUCUAGAGACGGCGACCCGAGAAUUACAUUCGUUGCGUGAGGCCAAGGACAAGUUUGAGGAAGUCAAACUCAGUCUACAGACCCAGCUUGAUGAUCUCGAGGUUAAAUCCAAGUCAGCCUCCGCCUCAUCCGAGGAUUUCCAGACAGAGAUCGACAACCUGCAAAAACAGAAAUCAGAGGCAAUUGAGCAGUGCCAGAAACUCGAAAAGCAAAUCCAAGAACUCGAGACCCAGAAUACUGAGCUAAAAGAAUUGUCGGAAUCUCGAGCCAAAGAUGCGAAUAUUCUGAACGAAAAACUUGCACAGAAAGAUUCAAUUGUCAAAGACCUGGAAGAUACUCUGGCAUCGUACAAAUCAGCUGAGCGGGAAGAAGCCAAGGAAAAGUCGAGCACUCAAUCGAGUGACAAACAGCUUGCGACCAUGCAGAAAAUUAUGGAUACUCUGCGUGGGCAAUUGAACGUGGCUGAAACCACAGUUGCCGAGCUCAAGGCUGAGGUUCAGUCCAAUAAGGAUGAGUACUCCAGCCGCCCGUCCACCAAAGUGUUCGGGUUCCUGGACGAGAACAGUAAGCCUUCUAUAGAUAGUCUGAAGACUCGAGAAGAUGUUGUAAAAUAUCUCUCAGACAACUUUGGCCUGCAAAAAGCGACGGGAACAAAUUCGUUAGCUCCAGCGCCCGGUCCUUCACCAGCCCCUUCUGAGGCCGGCACGUCUGCAUCCAAGAAGAAGAACAACAAAAAGAAGAAGAAAGGGAAAGGACAGCAAGUUGCCGCAGAGGAGAUUGACAUUGAAACUCCCGUUAAGGUCUCAGAGGACUUGAACGUUGUUGAUGCAACAGAGACUAUCACCAAUGAUUCACAAUCACGAAUAUCGAGAUUGGAGUCUGACUUACUUGGACUCAAGGAGGAGCUCUCCACAAAGAAUGCAUCGAUCGACCGGCUCACGAAACAGAUCAAGGACCAGGAAGCUUUGCAAGAAGAGAUUGAGACCCUACGAGAUGAUCUCCUUCAUCAAGGAGAGGAGCAUGUCGAAGCACGAGACGCGCUCAAGACGGCUCACAACGAACAAAAGACGCUUCGAUCAUCUGUAGAUGCACUUGAAAAGGAACUUUUGGAAGCACGAAAAGCCCUCGCGAUUGGUGCUGACACGGAGAAAGCUCACAAACAGAUUACCGAGCAGUAUGACGAGAUGCAAGGCCGAUGCGCCACGCUACAGAAGGAUCUGGCAGCAGCUGAACAACUAGCUACUGCUAGAUUCAAAGAUAUCACUGACCUGAAAGAGGUCCUUGCUAAAGCCCAGCCAGAGCUACGCAGUUUGCGGAGUGAAGUAGCUGAACUCAAAUCAGCCAAGGAGGAUUUGAAAAACAAGAUAGGCGAGCUCAACCGUCUUGAGGCCCGACACGAAGAUCUCAAAUCCGAGCUUAAGGGUCUCGGUAAGAGGCUGAGCGACAAGGAUACGGAAAUCAAAGAGCUCCAGCAGAAGAUUGAGCAGGAGACAAACAACCGUACCAAGAUAGAGAAGGAACUUGAUAAGACGCAAGGCGAGUUAAGUACGGCAGAGUCCCGCCGUCAAGAGGCCUUGAGCAGCUCAGAACAGUUAAGUAAGGAUUUGACCAAAGCCAAAGAGGAGUCCACAACUCUCAAGGCGAAACUUCGUGACUUGGAAGAACAGUUGGCCCAACAUACUCGCCAAGUCUCCACAUUGAAGGAGGAGGUGUCUAUGAAGACAGCUUUACACUCAUCAGCUCAGUCACUUGUGCAGUCGUUGCGAGAUCAGACUCAUGAGCUUAACAUGCAGGCACGCGAGUCAAUUACCAGGGCCGAUAAUUUGGAAGAGGAAUUGACCGAAGCACAACGAAUGCUCUCGGAAAGAACACGCGAAGGCCAGACAAUGCGUAUGCUUUUAGACCAGUCUCAAAAUGGCACAGAAGCUCGAAUACGUGAAAUGAAAGAACGCAUGGACGCCGCCAUUGAAGAAAGAGACCGUGUUGAAGAUGAGGCGAGUGUCAGCAAUCGUCGGAUGAUGCGUGAGGUCGAAGAGGCGAGGAGCAAAGCUCGUGAUACGCAAAGAGCACUGAAGAUCUUGGAAGAUGAAAAGGACGAACUCGAAACCAGACAGAAAGACUGGAAAAGACGAAGAGACGACCUUGAACAGAUUGCCACCAGAGCAACCAAGGAAGUGGAGGAAGUGCGAUCCGCCAUGUCUGGUCUGAGAGAGGCACUUGAUGAAAGUGAAAGACAAGUACGGGAACUCGACAGCCAGAAAGCCGAUCUCAGAAGGGGCGGAGAGGAGGCACGUGAACGAGUCGAGAAAUUGACCAAGGCGAACAAGACCUUGACAGAAGAGCUCAAGGCCGCGCAAUCCGGCGUCAAGAAUCUCAGACUUCCCGGUCGCGCAGGCACUGGGAUCGACUCGGGCGUCCCCAGUUCACGCACCUCGAUCGAUUCAGCGAGUGCGCGCUCGCCGGCUCCCAAGGAGCGCCAGGGCCUGUCGAGCAACAACAGCCGCAGCGAAACACCCACCAUGCCCGGUGGAGGCCUCAGUCAAGGGACGGUCGAUUACGUCUAUUUGAAAAAUGUAUUACUACAGUUUCUGGAACAGAAGGACAAAGGGCAUCAGAGACAGUUGAUUCCCGUGUUGGGGAUGUUGCUGCAUUUUGAUCGGAAGGACGAACAGAAAUGGAUAUCGGCCAUUUCCGCUCGAUGA